AGUAAGAUCAGAGCCCUAUAAAAAUGUAGCCAAUAACCCAUAUUCCCACAUAUGUUCUAAAUCCACUAUUCAUCCAAAUGAAGAAUAUGUUUCUCAUCCUUUUCUUUUCUGCUCUUCUAAUUUCAUCCACUUCUAAUGCUUCUAACGUCAAUGAUUUCUGCGUAGCAGACCUCAAGGGUACAAAUAGCCCUUCUGGCUCUAACUGCAAGCCCGCUGAUACAGUAACAGCAAAUGACUUUGUCUUCACUUUUCAACCUGCAAACACAUCUAACCCUAUCAAAACUGGAAUCAGCACUGCAUUUCUUAAAGACUUUCCUGCUCUCAAUGGUCUUGACAUCUCUGCAGUACGUGUAGUUAUCGAUAAAGAUGGAUUUAUUCCAUUGCAUUCACAUCCUCAUGCCACUGAACUAAUAAUCGUGGUGGAAGGUCAAAUCACUGCUGGAUUCAUGGCAGCUACCAAAGCUUAUGUGACCAAGACACUGAAACCGGGAGAUCUUAUGGUUAUCCCACCAGGACAAUUGCAUUUUCUAGCAAAUUAUGAUCAAAGAAGAGCCACUGUUUUUGCUGCUUUUAGUAGCUCAAACCCUACUGUCCAUUCUUUUAAUAAUAUAUUUGCCAACAAUGUACCCUCUAAUGUACUUGCCCAAACUACCUUCCUUGAUGUUGCCCAAGUGAAGAAGCUUAAGGCUCGUUUCGGUGGCAGAAACUAGGAUAUUAUUGCUUGCUUAUUGAUUAAUUAGUUAGUUAAUGUGUUUGUUCCAAUGAUCAUAAACAAUAAACACUGAUUAUAUUCUUUUGUGUCUGAUAAGAUUAUAUAUACUCUUUCGAUCCCUUCAUCACUUAUAUACUAGAUUUUGAGUUCUCCCUUGAUUUUGUGCAUGUUCAGCUUUCAGGUGAUGCUUC